AUGACCUCCAAUUCCGUCCCGAUAUCCGGCCUCGCCGAGCUCGAAAAGCAUCUCGACGACCUUGUCACCUCCCCAGACACACCCCUCGAACCGAAGCUCCUCGACGAUGUAGAGCUUCAACUCAACGACGAAUCCUCCCUCCUCGCAGCCCUCCGCUCCCCCUCCCCGCACGCGAACCUCCUCGCCCUCGCCAUCCUCUCCAAAGCAUCCGCCUCACCCUCCGACGCCGCAAUCCUCUCCCUCAUGCCCCGCGUCGUCGAGGAGCUCCUCCGCCGCUGGCUCUCGGCGCCGCAAGUCGAGGUCGGCGAGCGCGCGGGCCGCGUGUUGGGCGAUUUACUCGAUGUCGACUGCGAACUCCCGCCGCCGAGUCACCUCCCCAGCUCGUCUGCGACGCAAGUCGUGAAGAGGAGAGCGCCGGGCCAAGGCCGAAUGUGGCGCCGCAUCUUCCACGAUAAAGAACUCUUCGGCCUCGUCCUCUCGCUUGCAAAAGGCGUCGACCCCUCCCCCACACCGGACGGCGAACAAGUCACCCUCACAGAGCGCCAGCUCUCCCUAGCGCAAGGCCGCAUCCUCCGCAUCCUCCCGCGCCUCGCGGCCCUCAACAUCGUCGAAGUAGGCGUUUCGCAGUUUCCGGACCUGACAGGCUCGUCUGAGACGGGUCUCCUGCAGCUGGCGGCGCUGCACAUGGUGGACAAGAGCGAUACGCUGAUGCACCUGAACCUCAUCGACUUCUUCGAGACGUUGCUGAGUGUGAUGCGCGUGGUGGAGCACUCGCACCGGACGAUGGGCAUUUUGAAGGAUCUGGUGAGGCAGGCGACGAAGGAUGAUAAUAUGUUGAAGAAUGCUCUUGGUAGUCUGCCGGAUCGGACUGUGCCCGAGGAAUCCGAGGCACUGAGGACCUUCAUCAGAGACGUAUUAGCUUGA